AUGGAUCCUAGAGCUGGCCAGCAGCCUGGCGGUAGGGAAGAUGAUCCUUUGGCCUACGGAGACUAUCCUGGAUCUUCAGGCAGCAGAUUCCGGGAGGAAGGGGAGUACGAUGAAGGAGCAGAGGGAGAGCGAGGCCUGAUCGGAGACACUUAUCGAAAAGUACGAGACAAAUAUAUGCCUCCGCACGAUGGCAGCAGCCAGUCAAACCCAUCUGGCGGUCUAGGGUCUUUCCUUUUUGGCAAGCUUCAGAAAACGGUCCAAGACAUCGGCUCUGGAAUCGAUCAGAAGCUCGGUGGAACAGGUCCCAAGCAUAGCCAUACUCAUGCAGGCGCUCAGUGCGACAAUGGGAUGCACAACACUAGCCAACAUCGUUACGGCAGCUUUGCAGCUCAAAGAACUGGCAACGACGCAAAGUGGUAUGUCGAUGGUUGUGGUUACAUGUGGGCCGUGUCUAGAGCUCUGGAGCAAGCGACAGAGUCCAUAUGGAUCCUGGACUGGUGGCUGUCACCAGAGCUCUACCUGCGGAGACCUCCUUCCAAAAAUGAGCAGUAUCGCCUUGACCGCAUGUUACAAGCAGCCGCUCAACGUGGUGUCAAGGUCAACGUUAUUGUUUACAAGGAGGUGACGCAGGCUCUAACGCUCUGCUCGUAUCACACCAAGCAUGCACUGGAGGACCUUCAUCCCAACAUAGCAGUCUUCCGACAUCCUGAUCAUCUCCCCGAUGCCCAGACUCUCCAGUCUUCUUUCUUCUCCUCUUUGCAGCACCUAUCUCUAAGCGCCAAGACUGCUUCUCAGCUACCUGAAGAUGCCUUGAAGGCCAUCUAUGGUAUGAACGAAGAUGUCGUCCUUUAUUGGGCACAUCACGAGAAGCUGUGUCUCAUCGACGGCAAGAUUGCUUUCAUGGGCGGGCUGGAUCUAUGCUAUGGAAGAUGGGACACGAAUCAGCACCCGAUCGCUGAUUGUCACCCUUCCAAUCUUGAUGAAAUUGUGUUCCCGGGGCAGGACUACAACAACGCUAGGAUCAUGGACUUCCAAGAUGUCUCGCAUUACCAAGACAAUAAGCUGGACCGCAGAGACAGCUCAAGAAUGGGCUGGUCAGACAUCUCAAUCAGUCUGAGUGGCCCUGUUGUGGAAGACCUGCGAGCCCAUUUCGUAGAACGGUGGAACUUCAUCUAUAACGAGAAAUACGACGUCCGGAAAGAUACGAGAUAUUCAAGGCUCACUUUUACCCAGAAUGCGGCGGGGACAGUGCCUCAUCAAGCUUCUCAGGCACUUCCACCAGCCUCUCAGCCAUACCUGCCUUACCAACCACAGUCGGUUGGGUACCAGAACUUAGGCUCAUCUCAGGGUAAUGGAGGCUACCCUCCUCCAUCCCAAGGGCGUCCUCCGCAAGCGUACGGGCAAUAUGGUGGGCAAUCAGCCAACCCCACUGGAGUAGCUCAAGAGCAGGUUCCGUACUUCCCACCACCUCCUGUCUCCAGCCGUGAUAUCGGUGGUCAGAGCUCUGACGAAGAAGACGCGGCCCGUGGAAUGGGCGAAUAUAUGGCAACACCAGGCGGUCAUCACCAGCAUCGCGAGCGUUUCGAAGAAAAGGCGGAAACUUUACAAGAAAACAUGAUGGGAAGGUUUGAAGCCGGCCGGCAAUACAUGAGCGGCAACGAGCACUAUAGCAAGCUACAUGGUCACACCCAAGACGCAGGCAUACCCUGCCAGAUCGUCAGAAGCUGUACCAAAUGGAGUCAUGGCAUAUCCACCGAACAUUCAGUCGCAAACGCCUAUAUCAGCAUUAUCGAGAACAGUCGCCAUUUCAUAUACAUUGAGAAUCAAUUUUUCAUCACAGCAUGCACCGACGCUCAGAAGCCCGUAAAGAAUAAGAUCGGCGCAGCGAUUGUGGAGCGAAUUCUACGUGCAGCAAGGGCUGGCGAGAAGUACAAGAUUAUUGUAAUCAUCCCUGCCGUCCCAGGCUUUGCCGGAGAUCUCAAAGAUGACGCCAGUCUCGGAACUCGGGCCAUCAUGGAGUUUCAAUACAAUGCUAUUAAUCGUGGUGGACACAGUAUCAUGGAGAUGGUUGCGAAGGAAGGAUACGACCCUACCGAAUACAUUCGUUUCUACAAUUUAAGGAACUACGACCGCCUUAAUGUUGGCGAACCAAUGCGGAAUGCUGAGAACAAGAGUGGCGUGAAUUACGAAGAUGCCCGGUACGAGCAUGAUGCCGCUGUAGGAUUGCCUGCCGGAGAUCGAAGCGCGCAGUACGCAGGUCGUCAAAAGUAUCAGCAAUAUCAACAAGCAACGACGAAUAUGAACAAGCAGCAAGGACUCUACACCGGAGACUGGGAUUCGGUUUCUGAGUGCUACAUGCUUGGCGGUAGGGACAUCCGUGAUGUGCCUUGGGAGAACGGGAAUAUUCCAGAAAUUCAAGCCUUUGUCAGCGAGGAGCUGUAUAUCCAUUCGAAGGUACUCAUUGCCGACGAUCGCAUUGUCAUUUGCGGCUCUGCCAACCUCAACGAUCGCUCACAACUUGGGGAUCAUGACUCUGAGAUUGCAUGCAUCAUCGAAGACCCUAUUUCCGUUGACUCUUAUAUGGAUGGCAAGCCCCACCGAGCAGCAAAAUUCGCGGCCACGCUUCGACGACAAUUAUUCAGGAAGCACUUGGGUCUACUUGCGCCGCAGAACAUGGAGAAGCCGAAUCAGAAUUUCGAGCCCAUUGGCGUUCCCAACAUUUACGACUACGGUUCGCGCGAGGAUCAGGCAGUGAUGGACCCAUUGUCGGACAGCUUCUUAAACCUAUGGAAUAGUCGUGCCCAGACCAAUAGCGAUGCAUUCGGCAGAAUCUUUCACCCUGUCCCGCACGACGGUGUAUUGACGUGGAGCGAUUACAACGCGUUCUACGAAGUCUUCUUCAAGGACUCAGACGAAAAUGCUGUAGGUAAAGACUUGAAGAAGCCCGCGAAGUACAAGUGGGGCCAUGUUGUUGAGUCGAACUUUUCGCCUGGGGAAAGAGGUACGAGGGAAGUUAAGGACUUGUUGAGUACCAUCAAGGGGACGCUGGUCGAAAUGCCGUUGCUGUUCUUGAUCAAGGAGGACAUCGCGAAAGAGGGAAUCUCGCUGAAUGCUUUCACUGAGGAGGUGUACACCUAG